AUGCCGCCACGUAGAGAGCCCGAUCAUCAGGGUCCUACUCAGGCUACGGUAGUCGCUCAGUUCCGCGACUAUCAUGCAGAAAAGUUUUCAGGACAGGGCGACCCCCGUAUCGUUGAUGAAUGGAUUCAGGGGUUGGAGUUUAUCUUUGAGGUUAUGGAAUGCCCCGAUAGGUAUCGCGUAGUUUGCGCUCAGCUUCAGCUCACUGGCGAUGCGAGGCUCUGGUGGAAUGCCUACUGGAGCAUGCGUCCCGGUGAAAAAGCGAGUUGUACAUGGGACAUGUUCAAGUAUCUAGUCCGCGACAAGUACUACCCUUCUUACUAUCGGGCAGAGAUGGAGCGCCAGUUCUUAGCGCUUCAGCAGGGUACUCGUACAGUCGACGAGUACGAGCGAGAGUUCACCAGACUUGCAGGUUUCGCACGCACGGAGGCCCAGAGAGCUCAGCGGUUCAUUGACGGACUUUACCCAGCAGUCCGUCAUAACAUUGUGGGACACGGGACACAGACGUAUGCACGAGCAGUCUCUAUCGCCCAGGAGGUAGACGCUAGCAUCAGGAGGGAGGCCGUUCGUGAUCGUGCUCAGCCAUCUGCCCCAGCUCAGCCAGUUGCAGCUUCACCAGCUCUACCAUCUACCCAGCCGCCAAAGAACAAUAAGAGGAAGGGGAAAG